AAAUUAUUUGUUUUGGUUUAUGUCUUAUAAAAUUCAAAUUCUGUUAUUCCUCAUAUUGAAAUCGAAAACCGAAUUAAAACUUCAUAAAAGAAAAUAACAUGGAUGAUGAUGAUUUCGAUGAUUCCAUCGACGAUGUUCUGGCCAACAUCGACAUUCCGUCGGCUCCAAAAAUACCAAAAAUUCAAACAACAAUCCCUGCCGAAGCGAACUCCUCCAGCAUAGGAACCACUCCAAGUCAAGAUAGUACCGCUGCCACAUCUGAAGAAAAACAGAAACUUCAAGGACCAUUUAAUUCCCAUGCCAUUCAAGUUCAUCCCAAACAAAGAGGUAAUCCUGUGCUGAAGUCAAUUCUAAAUUGUGCCUACGAAUUUCGAGAUAUCGUUCCCGACUACAUUGUUGGUAAAACUUCCUGCAUUUUGUAUCUUUCACUUAAAUACCACAAUCUCAAUCCCGAGUACAUUGUUGGACGUCUUAAGGAUCUGGGAAAACGAUUUGAACUGAGAGUUUUGCUUGUCCAAGUUGAUGCUCCAGAACCGCACAAGGCUCUCAAGAGCUUGACUAGAAUAAGUUUGCUGGCAGAUUUAACACUUAUGUUGGCGUGGAACGCCGACGAAGCUGGUCGCAUCAUUGAAACGUACAAACUCUUUGAGAACAAACCUCCGGACAUGAUUAUGGAACGUGUUGAAUCGGAUCCACACAUGAAGCUCGUAACAGCUUUAACAAACAUAAAACCAGUGAAUAAAACCGAUGCCGUAUCGCUGCUUCAGAACUUUGGCAACCUCGAGAAUAUAAUCAAUGCCAGUGAGGAUAGAUUGGCCCUUGUGACUGGUCUGGGUCCACGAAAGGCUAAGAAAUUAUAUCAAACCCUACACGAUCCUUUUCUUAGUAAAUAAAUAAAAAAACUUGCGUCUUUUUCAAUAAAAAUAUA